AUGGUAUUUAUUCGUUCCCUUUCCCGUCAAUUGCGACGGCCUACCUCUCAAUUUCUCUCGGCGGCUUUUAAGCCAAACCUUGCCACCAAUACCUUUGCUAGACCGGCUGGUGCUUUUAUCAAUUCACGUACGCUAACCGCAUCUGCCUCUCUCCAGGGUAAGGUUCUUCUUGUUCUGUACGACGGUGGUGAGCACUCCAAGCAGCAGCCUCGUCUGCUGGGUACCACCGAGAAUGAGCUCGGUAUCCGCAAGUGGCUCGAGGACGCUGGUCACACUCUCGUGACCACCUCCGACAAGGAGGGCGAGGACUCCACUUUUGACAAGGAGCUGGUUGACGCUGAGGUCAUCAUCACUACCCCCUUCCACCCCGGUUACCUUACUGCCGAGCGUCUGGCCAAGGCCAAGAACCUUAAGCUCGCUGUCACUGCUGGUAUUGGUUCCGACCAUGUUGACCUUAACGCCGCCAACAAGACCAACGGUGGUAUCACUGUCGCCGAGGUCACUGGCUCCAACGUCGUCUCCGUUGCUGAGCACGUCGUCAUGACCAUUCUGCUUCUGGUUCGCAACUUUGUCCCUGCUCACGAUCAGGUCCGCAACGGCGAGUGGGACGUCGCUGCCGUCGCCAAGAACGAGUUCGAUCUGGAGGGCAAGGUUGUCGGUACCGUCGCUGUUGGCCGUAUUGGUGAGCGUGUGCUCCGUCGUCUCAAGCCCUUUGACUGCAAGGAGCUUCUCUACUACGACUACCAGCCUCUGAGCCCUGAGGCCGAGAAGGAGAUUGGCUGCCGUCGCGUCGAGGACCUCGAGGAGAUGCUCGCUCAGUGUGAUGUUGUCACCAUUAACUGCCCCCUGCACGAGAAGACCCGCGGUCUUUUCAACAAGGAGUUGAUCUCCAAGAUGAAGCCUGGUGCUUGGCUCGUUAACACCGCCCGUGGUGCUAUCGUUGUUAAGGAGGAUGUCGCUGAGGCCCUCAAGUCUGGUCACCUCCGUGGUUACGGUGGUGAUGUCUGGUUCCCCCAGCCUGCCCCCAAGGACCACCCUCUGCGCACCGCCGAGCACCCCUGGGGUGGUGGUAACGCCAUGGUUCCCCACAUGUCCGGUACCUCCAUCGAUGCCCAGAUCCGUUACGCCAACGGUACCAAGGCCAUUCUGGACAGCUACUUCUCCGGUCGUGAGGACUACCGCCCCGAGGACCUGAUUGUCCACAAGGGUGACUACGCUACCAAGGCCUACGGUCAGCGCAAGUAA